AUGGCACGUUGGGUCCCCCUGCCCAACCCCCACCCAGCCGGGUCUCCGUGGUGCGGGGCGAGCCCCGGCAUCCGCCUCCGUUAUCACCCCAUUCAGUCCAGGACCGCCGGCAGCAGCUCGGACGGGACGGAGGACUCGGAUUUUUCCGCCGAUCUCGAGCACACCGAAGCGUCAGAGAGCGCGCACAGGCGCAGCAGCACGCGCCUGACUCGCGCCUCACUGCGCCUCAGCCGGAGCUCACAAGAUAACUGCAGCUCAGUGCGGAGCAGCUCUCCUGCAGCCACAGGACCUGACGAAGGCCAGGAUUCAGCAGCAGCAGCAGCAGCAGCAGUGGCAGCGUCCGUCUUCACCUCCGGGCGCAGGAUCACUCGCAGCCAGCAGGGCGCGACAAACACCGCCGCCAAAAAAUACCCACUGCGACAGAGCAGGUCGUCCGGCUCAGACACCGAGGCCAACGACCUGAAGCAGGGGGCCGACCGGGACGAGACCCCUCCUCGGACCCCGACAGGAAACGCCCCGUCCUCGGAGUCGGACAUCGAGGUGUCCAGCCCCGGCAACGACCUCGUGUCUUCCAGCAACGACAUCAUAGUCUCACAAGAGGAGGACGAGAGGCUGGCCAAAGAGCUGUCGCUCAAAGAGGCCGCCGCCCACGACCUCUCCCACCGGCCCAAACGACGGCGCUUCCACGAGAGCUACAACUUCAACAUGAAGUGUCCCACGCCGGGAUGCAACUCACUGGGGCACCUCACCGGGAGACAUGAGAGACAUUUCUCCAUAUCAGGAUGUCCUCUCUACCACAAUCUGUCUGCUGAUGAAUGCAAGGUACACACACACACACACACACACACACACACACACACACACAUCCUCCUUUUGCAUUAACAAUGAACGGGCUUUUUAUCAUUUUUAGGGACUGUUCUGUAUUUAUGAGAGGGGAGGGGUGAAAAAGGGGGAUGUGUGUCAGAUUAUUCUUAAAGCACUGGGCAGGGAUUUAUGUUUUUUUAUUUUGUCUUA